AUGGCUCUUGCUAUUUUACAUUUUGCUUGUAGGAAUUCAGUCAAGCUUCUGUCCAUUUCUACCAUGUCCACAUCGGCGUCAAUAGAUGAGCGUAUGCUGAAAGGAAUAAGACGAGUCGUUCCAAACUUAAACAGUGUGAAAUAUAAAGGGCAAGAUGGCAGAAUUGGCAUAUUUGGUGGUAGUAUAGAAUAUACGGGUGCACCAUAUUUUGCAGCUAUGAGUGCACUUCGCACAGGAUGUGAUUUGGUGCAUAUAUUUUGUGUAAAGGAUGCCAGUAUUCCCUUGAAGUCAUUUAGCCCAGAGCCAAUUGUUCAUCCAGUAUUAGAUCAAUAUGAUGCGAUUAAACAAAUAAGGCCAUGGCUUGAUCGCCUGCAUGUAAUUAUUAUUGGUCCUGGUCUUGGUAGAGAUGACAAAAUCUUCAAGAUAAUUGUAGAACUGAUUUCAAUCUGUCGUGACAUGAAGAAGCCAUUAAUAAUCGAUGCAGAUGGAUUAUUCUUAGUUAGUCAAAAACCUGAUAUUAUAAAAGAAUAUCCAGGUGUAAUUUUAACACCAAAUGCCAUGGAAUUUAGUCGUCUGGUGAAAGGAGUACUUGAAAAAUCGACUCAACCUACACCUUUAGUCAAAGCUACUGAUGUGAAACAUUUGGCAGAAACACUUGGCAAAAAUGUUAUAAUUUUGCACAAAGGAGCGAAAGAUGUAAUUGCAGAUGGACAUAAAGGCACAGAAGCAGUAUCAUGUGGAUUAGCUGGUUCUGGUCGAAGAUGUGGUGGACAAGGAGAUCUACUAGUUGGUGCAUUAUCUGCAUUCUGGUGGUGGGCUAUUUGUGCAGGAAGUUGUGAAAGUUCUUUAUCUCCUGCAGUAGCUGCAAGUUAUGCUGCGUCAAGAUUAGUAAGAGAAUGUAAUGCAUCUGCAUAUAAGAUAAAGCAGAGAGGAAUGCUAACAUCUGAUAUAUUGGAACAAAUACAACCUGUUUUUGCAAGAAUCUUUGAAACCCAUUGUAACAAGUGA